GGCAGACCAACAAAACCGACGACAGGGGAGCCGAGAGCGGCAAGCCACUGGACGCUAGCGCUCGCAUCUUCCGCUCGCUACCUCUCCGUGCGGCGGGAUGAAGCAGCCGGCGGCGAGCCCGGGGCGUGCGGAGAAGCCCCAGCAGCAGCAGCUGCCGGCGCCGCCGGGGCUGGCGCGGCUGCUGCUAAGCAAGAGCCGGCGCGGGGCGCGGUCGCGCCGCGCGCCGGCCACGUCGCCCAUGUUCGUGUCCCGGGGCCGGAGCCGCGCGGCGGCGGCGGCGGUGGGGGCGGACGGGGAGCCGUCGUCGCCCAAGGUCACCUGCAUUGGACAGGUGCGGAUGCGCAAGGGGAAGAAGGGCAGCAACAAGGGGCCGGCGGCGCCGCCCCCGCCACCGGCCAAGGAGGAGAAGGCCAGGGGCUACUGCCGGUGCCUCAAGAAGGCGUUCCUCUGCGGCGGGCUGUUCGACUUCGACCGCAAGCACAAGCGCAAGGGGCCUCCGCCGGAGGCGGAGCGGACUCGCCGGUCGCCCUGGGUGUUCAGCAGCAGGGACGUGGCCGUCGCCGCCGCGCCCAAGCCGCCGGAUCCGACGAGCGACCGCGCCGAGGAGGAGGGGGAGGACGACAAGUCCGUGGGGGCCUUCGGCUCGACGGAGAGAGACGAGAAGGCGAGUGACCCGGGGACCGACAGCGGUGGCAAGGAGGAGGAAGAGUGCGAGGAGGGGGAGACGGCGGAGCUCGUGUCGUCCGCGACGACCACGCCGCCCAAGAACGCUCUGCUCCUGAUGCGCUGCCGCUCCGCGCCGCAGAACCGCUCGUCCCCGCUCACCUCCAGGUUCGCCGCCGGCGCCGCGCCGUCGCCGGUCCAGGAAGCGGCCGAUUUCGCGGUGGAGUCGAUCGCCGCGACGCCACCUCGGGCGUCGCCCUCUCCGCGCAAGCCGGACAUGGUGUCACCUUGGGCGUCCCCCUCCCCGCGCAAGCCGGACAUGCUGUCACCUUGGGCGUCUCCCUCCCGGCGCAAGCCGGACAUGUUGCAGUCACCACGGGCGUCGCCAUCUCCCCGCAAGCCGGACAUGGUGUCCGCGGAAAGCAACGACGAGAAGCGGCAAGAAAUGGCAGUAUCCACGCAGGAAGACGAGGAAAAGAUGGUGGAACAAGAGCACGAAGCCGACGACGACGACGAGGAGGAUGACGAAGCGGAAGAGAUGAGGUGCUCGUCGGCGCGGCCGCUGGUGCUGCAGAGGUGCAAGUCGGAGCCGGCGACGACCGCGGCGGCGAAGAUGGCCGCCGGGGCCGGGGCCGAGGGGGCGCCGUCCGGCUGCUUCUGGGCCAACGGCGGGAGCAGCGGCCGGCGGAGGCACGCGCCGCAGAUGUCGCCGGCGGCCGCCGCUCCGGUGGCUUUGACCGGUCACUGAGUCAGUAGGUGGGGACCCCUAGCUGUUUCCCGUAUACUAGUAGUAUUUUCCUUUUGUUGCUGUCGCUGUCGAUUAAAUUUAGCACGGUAAAGCUGUAAUUCCCCACUCUUUUCUCCAUCCAUCCAUCCAUGCCGCUCGGGCGAAGACGAUGCCUGUAAAAAGAUUUACGUACCUAGUCACGCUGUAAAUCUUCUCCUUCUGCCACUAGUACUACUACUACUAGUUGUUUAUUUACCACUGUAUUAUGCAAAGUGUGUAGCCACGAUUCGCCUGUUGAUCCAA